AUGAUGCUCCCAGUAUUCACGACGUGUUACUCCUCUGAUCCAAUUGUGGUGACAGGUGUACUUGCAUUCACCGUUCUUGCGUUCCUGUUAUACCUGAGCUCAAGUCAGAACCUCUUCUUGGUCAACGGAAAGGAGGGUUUUGAGAUCGGCCUUGCGCCUGCGAAGAGACGUUACCUCUACAAUGCGAGAUCACUAAUUGCCCAAGGUUUGAAGAAGUCGCCCAUAUUCAACAUAGUCACCGACAAUGGCCGCAAAACUGUCCUAGCCCCCAGUUAUGCAAACGAAAUUCGAAACCAUCCGGACCUGAGUUUUGGACAUGAAACAGGGCGGGAUUUCCACUCACACAUUUAUGGGUUUGAGCCGUUUCGGCAGGGAACGAUGCCGGACCAGAUAGUUCAAGAUGCGGUGCGUAUGAAAUUGACACAGAGUUUGGGCAGUGUGACUAAACCAUUGUCGGAUGAGACUACCGUUGCAUUGAGGUCCUACUGGACUGAUGAGCCUGAUUGGCAUUCUAUUCACACAAAAGACACUGUCCUGAAGCUUGUCGCCCAGCUCUCAUCGAAGGUGUUUCUGGGUGACAGAAUCUGUCGCGACCCCAACUGGCUCCGAAUUACUGUCGACUAUACGGUUGAUUCGUUCAUGGCUGCUCAAUCCCUGCGAAUGUGGCCUCGCCUGCUUCGUCCCUUUGUCGCUAGAUUCUUACCGUCUUGCCGCAAGAUUCAGACCGAACUUCAGGAUGCCCGCAACAUCAUCAGUCCGGUACUGGCGGAGCGUGAAGCAGAAAAGGCAGCGGCGGUCCAACAAGGACUAACCCCCAAACGCUACACAGACGCGAUGGAGUGGAUGGAACAGUGUGCUAAAGGUCGACCGUACGAUGCCGGUGCUGCACAACUUUCCUUCUCCCUUGCGGCCAUUCAUACUACUUCCGAUAUGAUCACUCAGGUGUUGUAUGACCUUUGCGGGAAGGACCAACUGGUGGAAGCUCUACGUGAAGAGGCUCGUACUGUUAUUCAAGCAGACGGCUGGCAAAAGACCACACUCUAUAAACUCAAGCUCAUGGAUAGCAUGCUCAAAGAGAGUCAACGGUUGAAACCGACUAGUGUUGUUUCUAUGAGGCGCCUCGCAAUGAAGACUGUCACCUUGUCGGACGGAACUGUGAUUCCCAAAGGCACUUCGAUCUUUGUCUCCGGCGAACAGAUGUGGGAUCCCGAAGUCUAUCCAGACCCCGACACGUUUGAUGCAUAUCGAUUCCUGCGACUGCGCGAGACGCCUGGCAGUGAGACCUCGGCCCAGUUGGUUUCGGUCUCCCCACAGCACUUGGGAUUUGGUCUGGGGAAGCAUGCUUGUCCUGGCCGAUUCUUCGCUGCUAAUGAGAUCAAAAUCGCGCUUUCGCACAUUCUGCUGAAAUAUGACUUCAGGCUACCAGCAGGUACGACGCCUCAACACAUAUAUAUGGGAGCCGAGCUUGCUGCAGAUCCAUUUGCAAAAUUGGAAAUUAGGCGGAGAAACUCCGACAUUGAACUAUGA